UCACACAGUCACUGACACUGAGAGGAGAAAUGGCGCAGAAAGGAGUUCAGCUGGACUGAGAAACCUUCUCUUGUUCCAUCUGUUUGGAUCUACUGAAGGAUCCUGUGACUAUUUGACCUGACAUGACAGAUCUGCCAGUUCAGGGAUUGGUGGAAUCACUGUACUUUAAAGUGCAGAGUGCAAAAGUUCAACUGAAGCAACUCUGCAUGUGAAAGUGAAAGAAAAGGAACUUGAGUUUGAUACAACUGUGACGCUUUUGUUUGCUGUGGAGGAAACUUUUCAGUCAUUCACUGCUGCUGAGAGGAGAAAUGGCUCAGAGAGGAAAUCAGAUGAAUUCAGAAAAAUUCUCUUGUUCCAUCUGUUUGGAUCUACUGAAGGAUCCGGUGGCUCUUCCCUGUGGACACAGCUACUGCAUGAACUGUAUUAAAUGUUUCUGGGAUGAAGAGGAGGAGAAGAAGAAAAUCCACAGCUGCCCUCAGUGCAGGAAGACUUUCAUACCGAGGCCUGUCCUGGAGAAAAACAUCCUGUUAGCAGAGUUGGUGGAAGAGCUGAAGAAGACUGGACUCCAAGCUGCUCCAGCUGAUCACUGCUAUGCUGGACCUGAAGAUGUGGCCUGUGAUGUCUGCACUGGGAGGAAGCUGAAAGCCAUCAAGUCCUGUUUAUCUUGUCUGGCCUCUUACUGUGAGAAACACCUCCAAUCUCACUAUGAUGCAGCUCCAUUAAAGAAACACAAGCUGGUGGCCCCCUCCAAGAAGCUCCAGGAGAACAUCUGCUCUCGUCAUGAUGAGGUGAUGAAGAUUUUCUGUCGUACUGAUCAGCAGAGUAUCUGUUAUCUCUGCACAAUGGAUGAACAUCAAGGCCAUGAAACAGUCCCAGCUGCAGCAGAAAGGACUGAGAAGCAGAAGGAGCUCGAGGUGAGACGACUAAACAUCCAGCAGAGAAUCCAGGACCGAGAGAAAGAUGUGAAGCUGCUUCAACAGGAGGUGGAGGCCAUCAAUGGCUCUGCUGAUAAAGCAGUGGAGGACAGUGAGAAGAUGUACACUGAGCUGAUCCGUCUGAUCCAGAAAAGAAGCUCUGAUGUGAAGCAGCGGGUCAGAUCCCAGCAGGAAACUGAAGUGAGUCGAGUCAAAGAGCUUCAGGAGAAGCUGGAGCAGGAGAUCACUGAGCUGAAGAGGAAAGACGCCAAGCUGGAGCAGCUCUCACACACACAGGAUCACAACCAGUUUCUACACAACUACCCCUCACUGUCAGCACUCAGUGAGUCUACACACUCAUCCAGCAUCAAUAUUGGUCCUCUGAGGUACUUUGAGGAUGUGACAGCAGCUGUGUCAGAGACCAGAGAUAAACUACAGGACAUCCUGAGAGAGGAAUGGACAAACAUCUCACUGACAGUCACUGAAGAGGAUGUUUUACUGUCACCAUCAGAGCCAAAGACCAGAGCUGGAUUCUUAAAAUAUUCACAUGAAAUCACACUGGAUCCAAACACAGCAAACAGAAAUCUGUUAUUAUCUGAGGGGAACAGAAAAGUAACAUUAAUGAAACAACAACAGUCUUAUUCUAAUCAUCCAGACAGAUUCACUGGAUGGUGUCAGGUCCUGAGUAGAGAGAGUCUGACUGGACGUUGUUACUGGGAGGUGGAGUGGAGAGGGGGAGGAGUUUAUGUAGCAGUCACAUACAAGAAUAUCAGCAGAGCAGGGAGCUCAUAUGACUGUGGACUUGGAUGGAAUGAUAAAUCUUGGGCAUUAAAUUGUAACACAAACAAUUUUCAGUUUUGGCACAACGAUGUCAAAACUGUCCUCUCAGGUCCUCGGUCCUCCAGAGUAGGAGUGUACCUGGAUCACAGAGCAGGUAUUCUGUCUUUCUACAGCGUCUCUGAAACCAUGACUCUCCUCCACAGAGUCCAGACCACAUUCACUCAGCCGCUCUAUGCUGGACUUCGGCUUUGGUCACAUGGAGCCACUGCAGAGUUGAUUAAAGUCAGAUAGACAGAGAAGAUAGGUUCAUGUUGAUCCUGACCAUUAUAUGUACUUGUGUAGUUUCUAAAUGAGGCUUUACAUUUUAGAAGCUGAGAAGUUCAGUGGUCCAUUGAUGUCUGAAAAUAAUAUUGCACUGAUUCAAACUGUACUUACAUUUAUAUACCUUACAUCAAUAUAAAUCUGGAUCUGUUCUUAUGGCUGAUAAUCAUGUGAGUUUAAAUUAUACUACUCUUCACAUUCAGCAUGUUUUC